UUCUUUUAUUGUAUUACGAUAUUACCAUAUUGAUCUUUCGGUUAUUAUAAAUUCAAUUUAACCACUUUUAUCGAGAACACGUAUAAUAAUCCGCAUAUCCGAUAGAUUUUUCGAAUACAAACAUAUUUCGAAUCGUCAUCCGCGCCGGAAGCGUCGCCGAGCGCGACGUUGUAGCGGGAACUCACUAUUUAUUCGAUAUGAAUAUAGGAACAUUAUUGUUCAUAUUUUUAACAACAAGAACCUUCUUCAGAUUAUUAGUGACCCAAAUUAAUUUGUAACGUCGAGGUCUCGUUAUGUAAUGGACAUUUCCAAGAGUUGGCACAGAUACAAGCAAGACGUGCAGACGUCUCUCUGUUUUUCUGUAAUGGGAGAGAGAAGAUUUCGAAUUUCAGUAAUUUAUACAAUAGAUUACGUAUUCUUCUAUGUAUUGUCCAAUUGUUUAUAGUACUUUGUAACAUUAGUUGUUGUUUUCUUUUUUAAUACUAAUUAUACGUCGAACAAGUUUAAUUGAUAUUAUAGAAAUCGCAUCAAUAACUUGAUCGAUAGUUGAAUAAUUCAUGCAACAAUUAUCCAAUAAUUUAAUGAUCAUCAUUUUGAGAUGGGUGCCCUUAUUGCUUCUCCCGAAGUAGGAGAUUCGCUGGUUAACGUCGCGCCGCAAAUGAAGAAAUAUUCUGCUGGAACUGAUGCUCGCUCGAAAAGUUUUAUUUCCACGUUACCAGAGAGGAGCAAUAUUUUCCAUAGAAAAUUAAUUUGUUCACCUGAUUCCGAUAGCAUUAAUGGCACAAGUAGAAAGGAGUUAAAGGAAACAUUACCGAUGCAGAAUUGCGUAUACGAUGAGAUUAAUAACUCGACACUUCGCGAUUGUUACAAUUAUCAGUUUCCUUAUUACAGGAGUAGCAAAUAUAGUACCCAAUGUUCAGACACAGUUUUGGUCAAAGACGUAGGUGUGUCAUGCAUGCUUUUUUAUCCGGAUAAUCCUGAGGAGCCUGUUUCUGAAACGAAAACUUAUUUGGUUAAACAACUCAAAAGAGAGUACAAUGAUCUAUCCGAUAUUACAAAUAAAAUAACUGCAUAUACAAAAGAUAUUUUGAAUCAUUUAUCGAAGAAACAUCAGAGGAAACGUAGCCUGUUCCAUAACUUGGUUUCUUCGAAGCAUGCAAUAGGAUCUCAAUAUAUAAAUAGUAAAGGUAAGCUGUGCUUGAAGUUGAGGCUGUUGAGUAAUACCGAAACACAGUUUAGUACUCAUCAAAUUGCCAAAGGAUCUAAUGGCACAGCUUGCGACGACAGGAAUGUUAAAAGAGAAUCGAACAAUGAAUAUUGGAAGAAACAGAUUGUUGGUAAUACUAAACACGAGAAAGAAGUUCAAACUCUUUUUAUCGGAGAAAAGACGGGAACGAGCACAUCGAGCUUCUCGUCGAAAAAAUCUUCUUCUAUUUAUAAUUAUUUGACAACGAGGAAAAGGAGAUCUUCAAAUCAAAUGUUGAAGUCCACGUUAAUAAAUAGUUAUAAAGAUAAAAAUUGUAAGGAACGUUUGAAGACAAGUAAACCUGUCGUAUUCACUAACUGGAAAGAAAUUUCAAAAUCCAAACGGUCAAAAAACAAUGCCCCGCCUGUAUCCAAUAAAUCGCAUGAAAUGAUUGAAAUGAAAGAAACAAGCUCCCAAACGCAGUCUCUAAAUAGCAAAAUUAACAAUUUACUAAAAACAAGGUUUCAUACAAUUAAUAUACGAAUUAUAAAACGUACUAAAAAGCAAGUAUAGUUAUUGCAACCGUAAGUUUUACUUGCAUUUUAGUAUUUAAUCAUUGUUUUUAUAUAGUUUUAUUUUUUGAUUGAAUUU